AUGUCAGAACCCACGGCAGCGCUCGCCAAGCUGCUCGGCGCAUCCUCGAUCGACGACCACGACGAGGCCCUCAAGAUUGCCAACGCCGCCAUCAAGGCCUCCAAGGGCGCCGACAUCAACGCCCAGCACACCCGUGUUGUCGCCCUGCUCAAGCUCGACCGCUUUGAAGAUGCGCUGCGGGCCAUUUCCGACGCCGGCAGCGCCCUCGAGAGCCAGGCCUCCCUCGAAAAGGCCUACGCCUUGUACAAGACUGGCCAGCAUGAGGAGGCCGACAAGGCUCUGCGCAGCGGCGGCACCGGCGCCAAACCGCGCGCCUCGACGCACCUGUCUGCCCAGAUCGCCUACCGGGCAGAACGCUUCGACGACGCGGCCAACCUGUACCGCGAGCUCGAGCAGAACCACAGCCACGAGGGCGCCGAGGGCGAGGACAACGACAUCAAGAUCAACCGGCUCGCCACCCACGCACAGCUCGAGUGGAGCGGCCGGGGGGAGCUGCUGGACGAGAGCCAGAAGCAGCCCGCGCGGGAGGACCUGGAGGCCUUUGAGACGGCUUUCAACUCGGCCUGUGGCUGCAUCGCCCGCGGCGAUCUGAGCAAGGCAUCGGUCCUGCUCAAGCGCGCAAGAGACCUGUGCGAGGCCAGCGAGGAUCUCUCGGACCAGGAAAAGAAGUCUGAGCUGCUGCCCAUCAUCAUCCAGCACGCCUAUGUGCUUACGAGGCUGGGCAAGGAGACCGAGGCGGCGGCACUGCAGAAGUCGAUAGAGCUUACAGACAUCACCGAGGCGCCUACCAAGGCCGUCGCCAGCAACAACCAGGUGGCUAUAGGGGGCGAGGCCAAGAACCCUUAUGUGACGCAGCGCCUGACAGAGUCUGCCACGACGCUGGCCGGCAACGACAAGCUCUUUGAGUAUCAAGCUGCCGCGCUGCGCCGCAACAAAUAUGCUCUGGACCUGCAAUGCCAGAAGUUUGACGGCGUACAGCGCGCGGCCACAAAGACGAUACUAUCCGCCACCGACUCGCCGGCCUCGCCCGAGAUCGCGGGCCUAGGUGUCAUUAGCGCCGCCGCGAAAGCCCGCCUGCAGACCGGCAAGGCUGCUCUGCACGAGAUCCUCCCCGUCCUGGAGAAGAGACCAACGGACAUUGGCCUGCUCCUGACCAUCAUCCAGCUCUACGUACAGACCUCGAACCCGGGCCCAGCGCUCGACCUCCUAGACGCUUUCCUAAAGCGCCUCGAGGCCUCUACGGCGCCCGGCCACGAGGAUGCGCGCUUCGCCCCGGGACUCGUCGCCGUUGCCGUCGCGCUCUACAGGCUGCAGGGCCGCCAGGGCGCGAUCCGCAACGAGUUGGCCAAGGCGUCGACGCACUGGCGCUCGAAACCCAAGGACGCCGCGUCGUCGCUGCUACGCGAGGCCGGCGUGGAACUCCUCAAGUCGUCCGACCCGGCACACGUCGCCUCGGCGGGCGCCACGUUUGAGAACCUCGUGUCCAGCAGCAGCAAGAACGACCCGCUCGCCGUGGCCGGUCUCGUCGCCUCCUUCGCGACAACCGACUACGCCAAGGUCGAGCCGUACCUGCAGUCCCUGACGCCCGUCGAGCGGCUCAUCUCGGGCGUCGACGUCGACGCCCUGCUCAGCGCCGGCGUGGCCACGGUGCCAGUCUCAUCCGGCAAUGCCGCCGCCGCCGCCAGUGGCAGCAAGAAGCGCCCUGCCGCCGACACCGCCGACGUUCCAAACAAGGCCGCCGCCAACAAGACCAAGAAGCGCAGGAUCCGCCUGCCAAAGGACUACGUCGAGGGCAUGCCCAAGCCGGACCCGGAGCGCUGGCUGCCCCUGCGGGACCGCAGCACGUACCGGCCCAAGGGCAAGAAGGGCAAGAAGCGCGCCCAGGAUUCCACCCAGGGCGGCGCCGUCAAGGACGAGGGCGAGACGCUCGAGCUCGCCGGCGGGGCGGGGCACGUCAAGGUCGUCGAGAGCGGAAGCGGCGGAAGCGGUUCCGGGGCCGGAGGUGGCGGUGGUGGUGGUGGUGGUGGUGGAGGAGGCAAGAAGGGCAACAAGAAGAAGGGCAAGAGGUAG